UUAAUUUUAUCAUUAUUGUAAAUUGGGUGUAUGUACUUUCACCUUUUGUUUUCAUAGUCUUUUUAAUUUCGUUUGUAAACUUUAUGGUGGUGUACAUAUAUUUCUUCUAGAAUGGAUGUUUUUGUUUUUGUAUACAAGGCAAACACUGCCAAAUAAGCUCGAUUUUAAAAGUAUUGAUGGGUGUUUGUGUUUUGUAUACAAGGCAAACGACAUAGUUUUGUUUCUGAAAAUAUUAGGAAUGUUGUAUCAUUCUAAAAGUGGUGUUAUGACUGGAUCAAUAAUAGUCACUUCAUUAUUCAGUGAUGAUGUUUUACUGUAAAAUGUCACUUUCCAAUUUUGAGUUUUUUUCUUUAAAUUGGGAGACAGUUCUAACAUCAAAUUAAAUUAUCAUGAGCUAUCAUUGUCUGGAUUUAUAUUUAUAUUAAUUAAUCACAGCACACUUCAUCUGACUUUUCUCCUUGACUUGCAAGUCGUCUAAUUUUAGGAAUUGUUAUCAUCAUGAAUUAACUGUCAAUUUUUGUAUCUAGAUUUUUAGUUAAAGAGGAUGAAUCAUUUUUCUUGCCCCUAAGCUCUUUCACGUCGGUUUAUUUAAGAAAGGAAACAAAUUAAAGUCAAAUAAUUUGUUAAUUCUUUCCCCUCUUUCACGUCGGUUUAUUCAAGGAGGUAAACGUAACUCUUUCAUAAUUUCAUUGUUAGGAAUUGUUUCAGUUUGAAAGUGACAGUUCCAUUGUGAGGAAAAAGAGGUAUGUUUAGACCUAUUUAAACCAUCCAACUUGAGACUAUGGAGUAUCCCACAAACAUAUAUCUCUCUCCCUUCCACACAUCAAUAUAUAGAGAAAGCAUGAUUUCUGAUAAAGGAAUAUCAAUCAAAUUUCUUCUUUUUCUUCUAGUUUGUGUCUAUGUUUCAGGAGAUGAUGCAGAAGUGAGAUGCAUUGCGAGGGAGAGAGAAGCUCUUCUGAGCUUCAAGAAUGGCCUCAUCGGCGAUGAUGGUAUUCUCUCUACAUGGCGAAGUGACGAAUGCUGUGAAUGGUAUGGUGUUGAGUGCAGCAACACGACUCGCCAUGUCAUCGCCCUCCAACUUAAUACUUGUGAUUUGGAAGGUGUAUUGCAAGGAGAGGUUCCCGACUGCUGGGAGAAAAUGCCAUACUUAUCCUCUCUCAAUUUGGCUGACAACAGUUUUUCGGGUGAAAUUCCUCGCUCUUUCGGCUCUUUGCUUCACCUAAUUGCACUACAGUUGCGUGGUAAUAAUUUAUCUGGAGAGUUGCCUUCCACUUUGAGACUUUGCCAGGAACUGGAGUUGAUUGAUGUUGGAGGGAAUGAGUUAACAGGAGAGAUCCCCACUUGGAUUGACGAGUUAUUUGGCAUGGUAUUUCUAAACCUUCAUCGGAAUAAAUUUCAUGGCAGUAUUCCUGGUCGGAUUUGCAAUCUCACUCGUAUUCGAAUUCUGGACUUGUCGAUAAACAAGUUGUUUGGGAAAAUACCUGAUUGCUUCAACAAUUUUACUGCAUUGGCUCAAUUGAAUACCAUACAAGCUCAACGAUGGGUUGGUUAUUACUACGUGUUCCAACACAAUGGUAAUCUUCCAAAUAAGAAAUUUCGACCUAUCUAUGCAUAUUCGGCAAUUCAAUGGAAAGGUCAAGAAUCGGAAUAUAGGAAAAAUCUCCCGCUUCUCAAACUCAUUGAUUUUUCAAGCAAUAGUUUGAUCGGAAACAUUCCCAAAUCAUUUUCCAGUAUGCUUGGAUUAAUUUCCUUGAACCUAUCAAGAAAUAGUUUGACAGGAAAUAUAAUUGGAGAUAUUGGUGAGAUGGAGAUGUUAGAAUGUCUUGACCUAUCACACAACCAAUUUUCCGGUGAAUUGCCCACAAGCCUGGCACAGUUACAGUACUUGGCAGUUCUCGACUUGUCGAACAACGACUUAUCUGGUAAAAUUCCAACGAGUACUCAACUUCAGAGCUUCAACGCAUCUGCUUAUGAUGAGAAUGACGGACUCUGUGGGCCCCCUCUGGCAUCGUGCCCCGAAGAUAGCUUGAGGCCAUCCACCACUAAUCCGAAUGAGAAAGACGACAACAGCCUCUCUUUUAUGCAAGAAGUCUGCAUAUCAUUGGGCUUUGGUUUUAUAUUUGGAUUUUGGGGAGUUGUUGGAACUUUCAUACUGAAGAAAUCAUGGAGAAUUGCAUACUUCAAUUUCUGGGAUGAUGUUGGAGAUUGGUUCUACGUCAGGAUUGGUGUGUUUGUAUCCAAAUGGAGACGAAGCUGAAAUACUGGUAAUAAACUACAUUUUACAUCAAUAUUUUUUUACCAUUCUCAGUUUUCUUAAGAUAUUAUCCUAUCUUUAUUUCUUUGUGAACAGAGGCAGACAAGCUCGUGGAUACAUGAAGAAAUGUGGAAGAAGUGUUGCUAGUAAUUAAUAAGUAUAGUCCUAUUAUGUGUUUCUUAAUACUUUAAUUAUGUCACUGUUCAUCAAAUUAAAUGUGUUUCCUACUUUUUCUUUUUUAUUUUUAUCGUUGUUUGUCAUGUAUUUUAAUUUUUAAGUGAUGAAGUUAUAUUGAAUAUGUUGUAUGUGUGACAGUGGGUUCAAGCUGCAGGGACUGACUUGCGUAGUAUAUAUAUUAUCGCUCGUAGUAUACAUCA